GAUCCAAAGCUGGAACAGGGGCGCAAGAAGAAGGAGCAGGAUCUGGAUCCGCGGAGGAGUCUGUACCUUCCAAUUCAGGCAGACGCAAACGAAAGCGAAAAAGAGGGCGAAGUAGCGCCGCAGGGGCUCCAAGAACAACAGCGAGAAGAGCAAUCCCUGCGAGGCUUCCAGCUUCACCAAAUCCACCACAACAGGAGCUCUUACUUCUCGUCUUCUUCUUCUUCAGCUGCCACGGCUUCCUCCUCCGAGUAUGCCUGCCUUCCCGAAAGGAUUGGGGAGGGUCACAGCCACAACAGCGCCGGCUACGACCAGCUCGCUCUCCUCCACCACCACCACCAGCAGCAGUUGCAGCGGCCGCAGCCCCGCUCGAGGCACGGCGGGGCGAGGGGCGGCGCGGUUGGGGAGAUCGUGGAGGUCCAGGGCGGCCACAUUGUGCGGUCCACCGGCCGCAAGGACCGUCACAGCAAGGUGUGCACCGCGAAGGGCCCCCGCGACCGCCGCGUCCGCCUCUCCGCCCACACCGCCAUCCAGUUCUACGACGUCCAGGACCGCCUUGGCUACGACCGCCCCAGCAAGGCUGUCGACUGGCUCAUGAAGAACGCCAAGGCCGCCAUCGACGAGCUCGCCGAGCUUCCGCCUUGGAGCCCCUCCGCCACAGUCGCAGCCGCCCAGGCCGCCUCCUCCCGCCGCCACCCUCCGCCGUCCACUCAGCUCCCCUCCGCCGAGCAGACCAUCGGGGAGUCCAGCAGCAAACCGGUUGCCGUAGCCGAUCCAGCUCUUUCUACUGCUUUUAGUUUCGGCGUCGGCGGGGGCGACGGCGGCAACGAAGGUAAUACCUUUCUUCCUCCUUCCUUGGACACCGACUCCAUUGCCGACACUAUCAAGUCCUUUUUCCCAAUGGCUGCUGCUGCAACUCCGCCGUCUUCUAGCCCUUCCAUCGGUUUCCUGUCCUACUCGCCGGAACUUCCGUCACGUACCAGUGGCCAAGCUCAAGACCUCCGCCUCUCCCUCCAAUCCUUCCAAGACCCGAUCUUUCACGACCCAGAAUCCGGCCACCAUCACCACCACCACCACAGCCAGUACCACCAGAGCCCAACUCCUUCUAGGCACGAUGCGCAUUUCCCGAGCUCCGCCCAGCUGGCCUCCGAUGCGGCCGGCUGGGCCGAGCAGAGCCACCGGAUUGCUCCGUGGAAUAUGGUGGACUCGAGUGGCGGCGGUGGGGGAUACGUGUUCAGUUUCCCACCGCCUCAGGCGGCGCCGCUGCACUCUUUGCUCGGACAAAGCCUGUUCUUUUCUCAGAGGGGACCCCUUCAGUCCAGUAACUCGCCCGCGGUUCGUGCUUGGGCCGACCCUGUGGACGCCGCAGCCGACCACCGGAUGCAACCUGCGCUUUAUUCAUCCAUGCCAUCCAUCGGAUUCGCAUCCGGUGCCAGUUUCCCAGGGUUCCGCAUCCCGGCACGGAUCCAGGGCGAAGAGGAGCACGACGGCCACAACGACAAGCCGCCCUCUGCUGCCUCUGCUUCUCGCCACUGAUGGAGUUUGUGGAGGAGCGAUCACCACCAAUCGGAUACCUCCCCUGGAUUGCCUGGUCUGCUGAGGAGGAAGGUGAUGGGAAGCAGCUGCAUUGCCAUAUAUACAUGGAAAAGACAUCUCCUUGGAUUCUUUGGUUGGUCGGUGCCUCUCUUCUCUGUCAUUUGGCUCUCUUUUCGAUGGGCUUCCGAAGCCUUCUCGUGUGCUCUUCUUCUAUCAUGGUAAGUCUCAGUUUGCUAUUGUAGUAGCGGUAGUAGUUGUAGUCGUCAUUGCCGAGGUCGCUUAUUGUUCGCUCUUCUCGGUGGUCUCAUGUUUCCCUUAUGGCCUUCAGCCGAAAGGGAACGCAAGUGAACUGUUGUCCUCUGGAAAUGUCUGUGGAGAUUUGUUCUGCUUCAGAUUUAAGGAAUAAAAUAUAAGUAGUCAUCUGCUUGGAUUGAGCCAUGAA